AGCUUGCCCAUUCCCAGGCUGUAACUACGCCCAAAAAUCUAAUCACCGAUCGUUAAAUCCAUCUAAGGCAAAGCUAGGAGUGUCAUAGAAGCGUUCAAUGAAUUUGGAUUGUCAUUAAAACGCGCAAAUCAUGGAAAACAGGGGGGAGUUAGGUGAACAACAAAUCAGGAGCGUUAGUGAGACAGCUGUAGCGGUGGUCUGCUCAGUGGAGUCAGUGGAAGCUGUCGACUCGGUCGGCAGUGUAACCAGUGUCGAGCCCGUGACAGACCCGCCCGAGCUGCUUCCGGGCCACGAGAUCACUUCGGACAUUAUACGUUCAGACUCAGACGAAGAAACAGUAUCCUCUACAAUGAUUGACGCCUCGGACUUUCGGGGUCUAAAUGAGCCCGGCUAUCAAAGCUUGAAUUGUCGUAUGUCUCCUGGACUUUCGGUAGCAAAUAGUUAUGCUACUCUCACCCCUCUGCAGCCCUUGCCACCAAUCUCCACCAUGUCUGACAAGUUUAGUCACUAUGGGCAUCAUGGUAACGUUAGCGGUAGUUUUACUCUGAUGCAAAAUAAUCCUUUGGGUAUGAGUAUGAAUAGUUAUCAAUAUGAUAAGCUUAGUCAUGUGGGUGGUAUGGCGCCUAUGAACAUGGGUCCUACACUUGGGGCAGCUCAUCCAUCUGCUAUGUCUAUGAUGACCACUAAUGGACUUGGAACUAUGGCCCAACAAACUGGUAUUCCCUCUCCCCCAUACCUCCAGAACGGCUUGCAUUCCCCCGAGAAAGCUAUUUCUCCGAAUACAUAUGACUCCUAUGCACAUCACCGAGACUUAUCACGUGGUCUGGGGUUUCCUCAAAGCCCCACUGUAAGCCUCCAUUCUCCCACAAGCAUGAUGCCUACGUUGAACGGACUGAAUUCCACCCAUACACCCCCAUCUGUCCACCUGCAAGCGCCUGUGACACCACCUGAGCACCAAGAUAUUAAACCAGUCAACAUAGCGGCCUUGACCGCACAAACAUCUGUGCCUAACGUCAGUUUAGGAAUUUCUUCUUUUUCUCAGCCCAUGGUCAGUCUGAGUCCAGUCUCAGUUCACAACAUGGGUGUUAACUCUAUUUGUUCUGCCGUAACUGGCGCCCCUGCCGCGGUUUCCAUCAAGAGCUCAGGAGGUCAGACUCCUAACAAUUCUAAGGGGGUAGUAGCUGACGAAGUGGAGGAGAUCAACACAAAAGAUCUGGCCCAACGAAUAAGUGCAGAACUGAAACGAUACAGCAUUCCACAGGCCAUCUUCGCCCAGAGGGUGCUGUGCCGAUCUCAAGGAACCCUCUCCGACCUGCUGCGGAAUCCCAAGCCUUGGAGCAAGUUGAAGUCCGGCAGGGAGACCUUCCGUAGGAUGUACAAAUGGUUGGAGGAGCCCGAAUUUCAACGGAUGUCAGCCCUGAGAUUAGCAGAGUAUCAGAGUCGCAAUGAACACCAGAGGGCAGGAGCUACUAAAGGCAGGAGACGGGCACACCCCCUCCUGCAAGCGGAAAGAAGAGCAACAGCAACAUCAGAAAAACCCCAAUCAGCCCAAGAAACCCCGAUUGGUUUUUACAGACCUACAGCGCCGUACUCUGCAAGCUAUUUUUAAGGAAACCAAACGCCCCUCCAAAGAGAUGCAAAUCACAAUUGCUCAACAACUGGGGUUGGAGCUGAGCACGGUGGGAAAUUUCUUCAUGAACGCUAGACGACGCUCACAGGAUAAGUGGCUAGAUGAAGACAAGUCCAAAUCUGGUGGUGAUUCAAUCAGUAACAAAGGUAUCAACUUAUCUGGAACUCCUAUGAUGAACAUCGGCACCACCACACCGUCACCAACUUCAGCCCCAACGCCAACCCUGAUUUAUGCAAAUCCCGCCAGUAUUGCUACUUCGUCAUAACCUUGUAUAGUAUCAGUUACUAGCGAAGCCCUCUGUUGAGACAAACUAUUUAGUGAGCAUUAUUUUACCCGACGGAGGGGAUGACAAAAUUAUAAACGUUCGACGUGAAAAAAAUAAUAAUAAUAAUAAGCUAUAUCAUCAGGAUGCAAGCAAAACAUUUUUUAUUGUCUUAGCGUGAAAGAUAACUUGAUUUCUGAAAUUUCUAUCACGGGCUAAGCCUAACAGUUUCGACACAAGUCAUAAUAAUGGAUUAGUUGAGCUUAGCAUUAACCACCGUCUGUGUGACAGCGGAGGUAGCUGAUUCACAAAUAUAGUAUAAAAAUGGCUCAAAGUGGCAGUAAGUAUUCAACAAAUUACAAGAUUUGCACGGCCUGAAGAUAGCAUGUAUGCUUUAUGUAACUUUAGGAAAGAUGUAGAUUUGCGCAUAGCUAGUGUUCAGCUCUUUUGUGUUGUGUGUUUGUAACUAUCAAAAUUUGACGUCACGCCUUCAGAGUAUAAGACGAUUGUAUGACAGCAGAUGGUAGCGUUAUCAAUGCCAGUAAUUGAGAUGCUGGCCGAAUAAGAAAAUAUUUAUAGGCCAGUAUAUUGGUAGAUAAUGUGUACUUUCUUGUGAAAACUUAAAGAACAAACCAUAACUAACACUAUAUUGAAUCGUACUUAGUAUUCCAGAGAACUCUGGUGGCAUAAUUUCGCUCCUGGUUUGCUGGAAUACAGUCAAUACAUAUGUACAUAAAUUGUUCAUUUUUUAAA